AUGGGUUGUGGAAUGAGUACCGAGGAGAAGGAGGGCAAGGCCCGCAACGAGGAGAUCGAGAACCAGCUCAAGAGAGACAAGAUGAUGCAGCGAAACGAGAUCAAGAUGCUUCUUCUGGGUGCUGGUGAAUCCGGAAAGUCGACCAUCUUGAAGCAAAUGAAGCUCAUUCACGAGGGCGGCUACUCGCGCGACGAGCGAGAGUCUUUCAAGGAGAUCAUCUUCAGCAACACGGUUCAGUCAAUGCGUGUCAUUCUCGAGGCUAUGGAGUCUCUGGAGCUUCCCCUUGAGGACCAGCGAAUGGAGUACCACGUCCAGACCAUCUUCAUGCAGCCCGCUCAGAUCGAGGGUGACGUUCUGCCUCCGGAGGUUGGCAACGCCAUCGAGGCUCUCUGGAAGGACCGUGGUGUUCAGGAGUGUUUCAAGCGGUCGCGUGAAUACCAGCUUAAUGAUUCUGCACGAUACUACUUUGAUAACAUUACCAGAAUUGCUGCACCUGACUACAUGCCUAACGACCAGGACGUCCUGCGAUCCCGUGUCAAGACAACUGGUAUUACCGAGACCACCUUCAUCAUUGGUGACUUGACCUACCGCAUGUUCGAUGUCGGUGGUCAGCGAUCCGAGCGAAAGAAGUGGAUUCACUGCUUCGAGAACGUCACCACUAUCCUUUUCCUGGUCGCCAUCUCCGAGUACGAUCAGCUGCUUUUCGAGGAUGAGACGGUCAACCGUAUGCAGGAGGCUUUGACGCUAUUCGACUCCAUCUGCAACUCGAGAUGGUUCAUCAAGACGUCGAUCAUUCUGUUCUUGAACAAGAUCGAUCGCUUCAAGGAGAAGCUCCCCGUCAGUCCUAUGAAGAACUACUUCCCCGACUACGAGGGUGGUGAGGACUACGCUGCCGCUUGUGACUACAUCCUCAACCGCUUCGUCAGCCUCAACCAGCACGAAACCAAGCAGAUCUACACACAUUUUACCUGCGCCACGGAUACGACCCAGAUCCGUUUCGUCAUGGCAGCUGUCAAUGAUAUCAUUAUCCAAGAGAACCUCCGCCUGUGUGGUCUCAUUUGA